UUUUUUUUUAAAACACUGUCGUCACAGUUCGGUCAUAUCUUUAAACGAUUCAAGCUAGCCUAUCAUAGCUGUUCCCCCAUUCUUCUUUCCCCUUCACAUUAAAACUACCCUGGACAAUGGACACAGAUCAAGCAAACAGACAACCGCCAUUGCCCGCAAAGCUGCGUUGGAGACCUUAUGCUAAUGGCAGUAACAAGAAAAACAACACCAAAAUAAAAAAGGAUGACCAAUCACGAGGGACUCGAGGUCAUGCCAAAGCAAUGGCUCACAAAAUGCGAGGCCAGCAGUAUUACACCGGUAAAACUCAAAACGCGCCUGCGGGUAUCCAACUACAAUGGGACGAGCCUGAGACUAUCGAAUCGAUGAGUCAUGGGGGGCACCAGUACCACCAUCCUUUCCAUAACGGUGACCGGUCGCGUGAUACCUCACCCAGUUCUUCAAGCUCGGGUUCGAGUUCAGCGUUUUCAGCACCAGCUACAGCAACAGCGAAACAGGGCAUCCGCCCUACGACAACGAACAGCAUCUUCGUUGGCAAUGUAGACAACAUCAGCGCCGGUACUAUGCAAAAUCCUGUAUCUUCCUUGCCAUCACCUGCUUCUCCUAACUCGAAGUUGCCGAAUACUAGGCUGGAUCUGGUUGGUGGGCAGUCGGAUCUUACAAAGUACAUGGCUACCAUUCCAGACUUGACAAGAAACACCCUUGUACAGAAGGAUGCUCAAUCUCUAAACUCCAUGACAUCUGAUACUGCCUACCAGAUUGCCUUGAACGCCCUGUUUCAAAAUCAGAAUACGAGGCCACCGUCUAACCCCUUUCACACACCUGCAGGCUAUGGACCAAACGGUAUCACUAACGCCACUACAACAGCAACAACGAACAAUGCUAAUGCUCCCAUCAUCAACAACGGUAUUACUCCUACCACUAACAUUUCUGUUGCUCCAAUCGCCCCUUCUAUCCCAACUUCCAAUAUUUUUAAUCCUCCAAGCCUCAAUAAUGUUUUCCUUUCUGAUCCAAAUCGAGCAUUAACAAAUCAAGAGCUGCUUGGUGUCUCAAAUAUCGACGAAUUACUACUCUCAUGUGGUCUCGCACAAAAUAACGUCAACAACAACGCCCACGCCAGCGCUUUUUUGAGUAAUCCACAGACACUCGCUUCGCCUGCAGACACAGAUCAAUCAUAUAGCUCAUCACCUAUGCCUCCGUUACUCGACUUCCGCAGUAAUAGAAACAAUGUAUCGCGCGCUACUUCACCGUCGUCAGGAGCAUUUUCCCCAAUGGCUCUUACAAGCACAGCCUUUGAGACGCUUCUGUCACAACCGGUUGUUCCACAACAGAGUUACCAACAGCAAGGGCAGCAACCAACGCCGCAAGCGAUGAGUAUGAAUACUGAUUGUAAUUCAAUCAAGGAUGCCACAUAUAACUCCUUACUUAAGGAGUUAUCAUCUCCAUUCGAAUACAUUUCAAAGAGUGGAGACUCUACAGUAAGUAAUGUGCCAACUGCAUGGCCUUCACUGUUCCCCAAUACCCUUUCAGAGCCAGAUGCACCCCUGGUCAAGGCAACUCCUCAACCAAUAACACAGCGAAGCGAGAUUGGGACUCAGACUGAUGGACUAUACCAGCCACCGCUUACACCAUUGUCCACAGAAACACCAACGUCAUUCAACGGAUCACCUUUAUCUGCUUUGGGUCUCUCAGAGGAAGGGCUUGAUCCUGACUGGUUGAGCUUCUUGGAUGAGGCAUCACCACUAUUUAAUGACAUUGAGACGCCACAGCCAUCGCUUUCUGACAUCGAGAUGAAGACAUCGAGUCAAAAUGUCAAUAGAAAUCCAAAUAGGACACAGUAUGAUAGGACCUUCUGGAAUUGGGCCGAGCAAUUGCUCAAACCAGGGGCCAUGACUCCUACAGUUAGUCGCAAUGGGUUCCCGGGCACGGCGCCAACGAUGACAAAUGUGAUCCCCAAUGGCAGCAUUAACAAUGGCGGUCUCGUUAGGACCUUGCACGGGUCCAAUCAACAGAAAAAUAAAAAAUCUUUUGGUUCUUCUGGGAAUGUACCUGGAGAUCUCACCGAGAGUCAAGGAGCUAAGACAAAGCUUGAGAGCAUCCAGGCAGAGAGUCAAAAUGGGGAGCUUGAUGACAUCAACGGGGGAGGUAACAAGGAUGACAAGGGCGUCAAAUCCAACGAAUCGGACAAGGAGAAAGCGUCUGCAUUUGAGCGCUCAGUCGUUAAGGACAAGGAAGAGGACGCCAAUCUGGUUGAGAAGAGGUUUGAUGGGUUCAAGGGACUUAUAUCCCUCAUCAGGUCGCUCUGGAUCAGUGAUGACGAUGACAAGUGAAGAAAGAAGUAAUUUUGACUUGGGUACUUGGCGUAAUCGAU